CUCACACGCCGUCCAUCACGACGAUGGCUUAGUCGGACCGGGAAACUGAUUUCUCUUCAGGUGGCCGCUGAAGUGGAAAUUGUCCGCGUGGUGAUCGCCUCUGAAAACCGUUGGAUGCUCGAAUUCAGUGACGUGAACUUUUACUUUUUGAUCGUUUUGUGCUGCCGCUCCGAAAACACUAGCUUGCACUUUCUUGUUUUACUGCUAAUGUUAACAUUUGCGUAAUUCGAUGUUCCACAAUUGCCAAGGUUCGAUGUACCUGCCGCGAAAUAUGUAAAACGGACCAUAAUACGGCGAUUUGUUGACCGAGAUUCUCCCAAAAAGUAAUUCGUAUAAUAGGUGCCCAAAUCACCUGGAGUUCAUUAGCGGCCUUUAUCGUUGGGACAAUUGUCCAUUAAAAACAAAUUAAUUCUUUACGCGUAUCGGCCGUGUCCGGUAGAGGUUGCUUUCGAGUGUUGUUGUUUUCGAGGUGUCUUUCUAUCGCGAACAGUGGCCUGGUUCACUCGUUGCCUGCUACCUACCGCAAACUGAUGGUAGCCGAUUACUGUGCGUUAUCAUUUAAGUGUUGAUUUUAUAAAUGGAAUUGUGUUGUUCAAUUAUCAUCCAUUAGUGAUAAGUGGCUUAAUGAAAUUUAUAGGUUUUCAAAAUAGUUAUUAGUGUGAAUUCGUUGCCAGUGUGAUGAGGUGAUUUGUUUCUAGUGCUACCGCUGUGCAAGUGAGACCUAGAAGUGUUUCGGAAUAUGUGGGGGGCGGCGGUAUCCAAUCCGCCGCAUUAUCAUUAUGUUCAGGGGCCGGGCGGGCUCAUGCCUCAGGUUGGACCGAAUGGCCCCAUGCUGUUGGGGCCGAAUGGUUCCAUGAUGGCGGGCCCUAACGGACCGAUGUUAGGCCCUAGGCAUUUAAGGCCGCAAUCCUCAUACUCUCUACCUCAUGGCAGCAAUGGGCCUGGUCGGUGGGGUUGGUCGGGCAGUCAGGCCUCGUCCUUCGACCGCAGGCAACUAAAAGUGCCUCCACAACCUGCUAGACCAGCGCCCGUGCGCCCUGUUCAGGCUAAGCAAGGAACUGCUAACAAUAAGGUCGAUCCCGAGCUGAUCUUCACGAAACAAGAGAAGAUCGGCAAGGGCUCAUUCGGCGAGGUGUUCAAAGGCGUCGACAACAGGACGCAGCAGGUGGUCGCCAUAAAGAUAAUUGACUUGGAAGAAGCCGAAGAUGAAAUCGAAGACAUACAGCAGGAAAUCAUGGUGCUGUCGCAGUGCGACAGCCCGUACGUCACGAAAUACUAUGGAUCCUACUUAAAGGGAACGAAACUAUGGAUUAUAAUGGAAUAUCUCGGCGGCGGCUCGGCGCUAGACCUGAUGAAGGCGGGCAGCUUCGAAGAGAUGCACAUAGCAGUGAUCCUCCGUGAAGUGCUGCGGGGGCUAGACUACUUGCACUCGGAGCGCAAACUGCACCGGGACAUCAAGGCGGCCAACGUGCUUCUCAGCGAGAUGGGCGAUGUCAAGCUGGCCGACUUCGGUGUCGCCGGCCAACUAACCAACACAACCAGCAAGCGGAACACAUUCGUCGGCACGCCCUUCUGGAUGGCGCCCGAGGUCAUCAAACAGUCCUGCUACGACAGUAAAGCCGACAUCUGGUCGCUCGGCAUCACCGCCAUAGAACUGGCCAAGGGCGAACCGCCAAACUCCGAACUCCAUCCCAUGAGGGUGCUCUUCCUCAUACCGAAGAACAAUCCGCCGCAGCUGACGGGUAGCUACUCCAAGUCGUUUAAAGAGUUCGUCGAAGCGUGCCUGAAUAAGGACCCGGAAAAUAGGCCAACGGCAAAAGAGUUAUUAAAGUUCCAGUUCAUCAGAAAGGCGAAGAAGAACUCGUAUCUAAUGGACCUUAUAGAUAGGUAUAAGAAGUGGAAAGCGCAGCGGAGCGAGGAAAGCGAGACCGAAUCGGAAAAUUCAGAUUCAGAGGAGAGCCGCGCGGGGUCGGGCGAGGCGGACGAGCCGUGGAUCAUGACGGUGCGCGGCGGCGCGGCCGCGCGCGCCAUCCAGCACCCCGACCUAGACAACAAGCGCCGCCUCACCGCCAUCGACGCCAGAGAGAACGCGAUCCCUUCGCCUACGGUGGUGGUGGCGCCCAAACAGAACGGCGCGUCGCCCGCGCGCGAGGAGGACGCCAAGCCCAACAACAACAACUCCACCGACAAGCAGCCGCCGCGACAGUCUCCAGUGGCCGUGGCAGUGACGGAGCCGCGAGCGGCCAAGGAGCGUGACCGUAGCGACCGGGACCGCGACCGCGGCGACCGACACGACCGGGACCGCGACCGCAACGACCGCGACCGCGACCGCCCCGAGCGCCCGGACCACGAGCCCGCGCAGCGCGACCAUCUAGCCUACAAUAAAGCCGCUUUGGACCACAGAGGAGCGAAUAGUGAGGAAAAAGUUAAAAAGCAUCAGGCAUAUUUGCACCAGCUUAUUUACCCGCUACUAAACGAAUUAUCCCGCAAGCACGGCGCGGGCAGCGUGGCGGCCAUCGAGGAGCUGCGCCGCGCCUUCGAGCAGGCCGAGCGCAGCGCGCCGCAUCUCACGCGCGCCUUCGUGCAGCAGGUGGUGCAGAGGGUGGCCACACAGACGCAUGCGCCCGCGCCGUCGCACCACAACACGCAACAGUGGAUGAGGUAGGUAAGGGAUCUAUAAUAUACCGCUGGGGCCGGAGCCGCCUCCCCUCGGCGCGGCCGCGCACCCGCGGCACGCACGUCGGUCACGGCGCACAGGUCGCGCGUCACGGCGGGGCCAGCAGGCGCCGCGGCACGCACGUCGGUCACGGCGCACAGGUCGCGCGUCACGGCGGGGCCAGCAGGCGCCGCGGCACGCACGUCGGUCACGGCGCACAGGUCGUGCGUCACGGCGGUGGCGGCGGGCGCACACUGCAAGGGCUCGGCGUGCGCGCGCGCGUGGUUCCUGGCGCGGCUGCCCGCCCGGGCGUCGCUGCCGCGCGUCACGCGCCUCUACUACGCCUUCGUCUUCCAUCUCACCAGCACCUGGUAGCACCGGCACCGGCGGGCACGUCCGGCCGUACGAGUCACAAACUUGCAAUGCCAUAGUCAAAUGUUCACCCCGGACUGGACGGUUCCGGGCUAAGGGUGGUUCCUUCUGUCCAAUUUCUUUAUUCAUUGUGCAUCGCGUCUCACUCUCUCAUAAAGCAAAAUGUGAAACAAAAUACACAUUGGACCGAGAUAUUGGACAGAUGGAAUACCAUCCUAAGAUAUUUUAUAUUGCGCGCAUUAGGUAUUUAUGUAAAUAGCGAGUUUCGUCUCCUCCCGUUUCCCUCCGUGUAUGUGCGGUAGACAGAGUUCGGUCGCGGCGGCGGGCGGCCGCUCCGAUACGAAGGCGGUGCCCGGAGUCGACUUAGGUUCGUGUUUCGCAUACUAGUGAAAGUGUUCCCUGUUUAUACUGUAUCGUCACCGUUUUAUUUGUUAGUGGUAAAGGUUAGGGCGCACGUUUUUGUUGUCGCGGUUCGUUUGUGUGGGGGCUAGUAUAGUUUGCGCGGCCGGCCGUCGCCGUCGGAUGCUCGUGCUGGUUUGGUGUUCAACCUUUUGACUUGUAGAUAUUCGCGGGGAGCCGAUUUGACACACUUCGCCAAUAUUUUGCCAUAAUUUUCUAAAUUUAAUAUAUUUUUUACUAACGCGAGUCGAUUUUUGUGGAGUCCGAUUUUAGCGAUCGGUCGUCAAAAUUCUAACAUAUUUAUAUGCUUUAGGAGUAAUGUUUUAAAUCUUGGUGUAGAACAUUUCCUUAGUGUCAUUCCAGACAAAAGACAAUGUUGUCAGCAUUUAUAGUUUACGUUUGGGCUUGCGGUUCGAGUUCCGAUUCUUUCCGUGUACUCGAUGCGUCUCAUCCUUUCUCGAAAACAGUUAUUAAAAUUCGAUAGUUUAGUUUUGAAAGUUAGCUUUAGUUGUGUAGUCGGUUACUUAACGUUUUGGGAUAAAAUAGUGACUAAUAUGGUGUUCAAAAAGUGCGUAGAACCACUCUCGCGGCCACAAGGCGAGGGCACGGCGUCGAGAGAACGAGUAUUUUGUGGAAAUAAGAGUAUUCAGACACCAAUGACCAUGCGGUGUCGACAUAAAAAUGUAAAAAAAAAAUGCUUAAUAUGCGACAAUAUUUAGCGAUCGGGAGUAAAUAGAAUAUAUGAUGAACACUACAAAACAAUUAUUAUCGCUGUGUAAAAAUGUAAACCUACGAGUAAUGUGUAAAUUGUGUAGUAUAAUAUAAAAAAGCUGUUUUAUGAAGUGUUCUUAUAAGCGUAUGCUUAAUACGGAGAGUAGUUAAUGUGUUUCCAAUGACUACCUGCUGCGGGCGGCGGCGCGGGUACAUAAUACUCUGGUGCCAACUUUGUCAGUAGAGAAAGGCCCGAAAUUCUAAAUUUGUACGUUAGAUCGAUUCUUCGUGCCUAGUUUUAAGAUUUCGCCGUCUUUUUAUUUUGACAAAUCUGGCUUGCCCGAGUAUAUACUAUACAUAUACAUGGACCACAUACGGGUCCCGGUCCGGACCCGCGCCGCCGCCGAGCGUCGCGUUGUAUAAUUUUGUUUUGCCAUGUGAGUACGAGACGAACAUGCAUCGCGUUGAUUUCGACGACGGAGGAUCAAAAAUUAUUUUUCCACUUGAUUGUAUAAUGGUAAAGCGUGUAGUGUUAGAGUUGGGCGAUAAUUGUUGAUUAUUGAUUAAAUUAGAUGUUCGUGGCAUUGGAUCGUAGUACUGACGCGGCUGACAUCUCUAUGAGGGGCGGCGGAACGCUUAGCGAAGAAGGGCGAGUUGGCUCAGGUCAAUCAGAAUAAAUGUACUCUCCGAUUACACUUACACGUAUACCGUACUCCGAGAUCACAUUACAGUGGUUCGACGUAUAACAACUCGCCCGCGAAAGAGCAAUUAAUGGAAUACACUGCCUGGGCCUCGUUUCAUGAAAGAUUCUAACUUGGAAUAUUGGCGGAAACCUCUUUUUAACUCCUUUUAUUAGAAAAGAAACUCCGUUUGUGUAAAGAACUUUCACGAAACGAGGAUUGAAGUGUCGUUACAGUCGCUAAAGCCUCGCCCGGUCCCGAAGCCAUUAGAGGAGUGUAGUUAUUGUUAAAAGGUUGCAGAAAGCUAAGAUCGCGUUCGGUUCAUGGAUAUUUGUGAUCAUUAUUGCAUAGUUAAUAAAAUAAAAUCUACAUUAUUAUAGUAUUAUGAAAAUUCUGUAAUAAAACCGGUAGUAUUUAACUGUGUAGUCGCGCCGCAUCGCUCGCGGGCUCUCACAUGUGUAACCUUUAGAAUGUGCAACACAUUUCGCAUCUUUCAGUUAUUUUGCUUAUUUAUAAAGUAAGUCGUUAAUUACGCGUUUAAGAAUGAAUUAGUCCGCAACCGGGCUGUUAUACUUAUCGAACACAUCGCCAGUAUAAAUCUUGAUCUUCGACUACGACUAGUUGUUACGUAGUUGAAAGUCAAGUGAUACUGGUUGCGCAGAGAUGUAUAAAGGUGGUGCCACAUGUGGGGCCCGUGGCGCGGCGUCGCCCUCCAUUCUCGCACCAAGUUCCGCGCCGCGGUACCAUUAGUGUAAUGGUCAAUUCAUGUUACUGCGCCUGUCAUUCUAACACGUUUAUGUAGGAAACAAAUUUGACUCUGAAAAUAAAAGAAGUUAUUUAAUUUUGGAA